UUUGAACUCGUUGGCGUCUGUGACAGAACGGCACGAGCAAGGACAAGCUAAUAGUUGAAUUAGUGGAGAUUAUUUUCUUAAAACACACACAAAAAAAAAAAACACAAAACACGGGUGUCGUUGUUAAAAAAACGUUAGCUAGUGGCCACGUCUUUCGCUAACUUCCGUGCUUAUUUAAGUGGUUGUCAGGUGGUUGAGUGAUUUCAUACGGGGCACAGUUUUGGAUGCUAACGUUGAAGCUAACGAGCUUAGGGGAGUUCGCGUCGAUAUUGGGGGAAAAGUAGCUCUUGUCAAAAUGCGAAACCUUAUCAUAUUAAUUAUUCGUCUUCGGUAGUAAUAUACCUAGUGUCGAUAUUUAAGUAAGUCGUUUACUUAGUACAGUUACGUCACUAUUUCAGUGGGUUAGCAUUGUCUUAUGAAACCUAAGGCGCUUUAUCAACCGCUGCUUUCCUUAUUUCGCUGUCUGAAAAAGUUGCUCGACGUGGCCGCCAUGCGACGACUUUUGAACAGGGUUAUCAACAGAGUUUUGUUGAGCAAUUUGUUCAAGCCGACAAUGGAGAUAGGAGCGGAAAUCCACGCACACAACCGCCGAAAACUGGUGGUGGGACUGGGCAACCCUGGAAUGGACGGUACCAGACACAACGUUGGCGCGGCGGUGCUGGGAGCUCUGGCUGCGCGGCUCAGCGCAGCUGACCGCUGGCGCGGCAAUAGACACGUGUCGGGUGAGGUCAUAACUUUAGACGUCCAGGACACUGGGGUGGUGCUGCUGCGACCUCGUCUGAUGAUGAACAUCAAUGGAGUGUCUGUGGCUAAAGCAGCUGAAAAAUAUGGCGUCCGGGCUGAAGACGUCCUCCUUGUUCACGAUGACCUGGACAAACCUUUGGGCAAGAUGGUCAUCAAACAUGGAGGGAGUGCCAGAGGUCAUAAUGGCGUCCGCUCCUGUGUUGACUGUCUCCACACUGAUGUGAUGCCAAGGCUGCGCGUCGGCAUCGGUCGGCCGACGGGGAAAACGACGGUGGACCGUCACGUUCUAGGACGCUUCUCGUCGGAGGAGCGGAAGAUCCUGGACUCUGUCCUGGUCCAGAGUGUGGACCUCAUCCUGUCCCUGCUCUCCCCUCUGGAAUCCCCAAAGAAUUCCCAGCCUGGUCAAUCCUCCUUCCCACCAGCAGGGGGCAAACGUGCAGCACAGAGCAGUCAUAAAGACAAGCCUUUGGACUGUGUUACUGCUGCUCAGAGCUGACCUUUGACCCACCCAGGACAAACGGACCCCAGCUCUGUCCGGUCUUUAAAUUAUUUAAGAAAUUUUAAAGAAGAAAAAAAGUUGAAUCUCAAAAAUAAAAUCCUGACUUUCUUAGCAA